AUGGUCGUGCCACUGCAGCCGAUCAGACAACAUGUGUGCGCCAAAGAGGGCUGCGCCGCUUCGUUCAACAACCUCAAGGAGCUUCACAGUCACAUGAAGCGCGAAGAUGAUCACGACUACUGCGAAAAGUGCAGGUUCUUGGCUCAGGACUGGGACAGCCUCAUUGCUCACAAGAUCAACUCACCUGUCAUUCACCUUUGCUGCAAGUUCUGCGGCGAAGACUUCAAGACGACGAGUGGUCGUGACAGACACGUCAGACAGAGGCAUCCCGUUGACCAAGACCUUCGCUGUCCUGGCUGCGGCGAGCACUUCAUCCGCGCCGCCGCUCUCACCGAGCACCUCGAGUUCGAUCACUGCCCGAAGAUCAGAGCUGCCCAGUUCAAGAGCAACCUUCAGCACAAGACCAUUGUUACCAAGCUGCUCCAGAACCCUGAGCAUGCGGUUGCCAAGCUGAAUGACACCUGGACCGAGGCCGCGCGCGACAUAGACAACACUGGCGGCAUCAAGAUCGGCAACUUUAUUGACGACAAGGAUGAAGGUGUCUCAUUGGCUGGCCAUGAGGCUUUACAGAAGCCUUUGGAGCCGGAGGUCAAACCUCUUCCUGUCAAUGCGCCUCGUCUCAGAGAGCGCUGGCCGGCCCUGUCCGACAUAACCAGUGGUAUGGGGGCAGGUGGCGUGGGUCUUCUUUCUCGGACCCCUACACCUUCUAGGACUCCUACGCCGGCUGCAUCUGUCCGUGAUGCGUCUGCCCGUGCUCCCUCAGUGUCCGGCUCGGCCACCACGGAAACAACCGUCAAGAACGGCACGGCCGCCUCAAGCAAGGUCGCCUCAAGCAAAGCCUGGAAAUCUGGCAAAUCAUCCGAAGUAUUGUUCAAGGGAGCCAAGCCAACGCCUCUGAACACUGAUUGGGAGGCUGCCCUCAAGGCCAAGGAUGCACAAUACGAGCAAGACAACUCUAACAACAUGUUCCGAGUACGCUUCUGGGAUCCCAACCAUAGGGACUACAACCCGGAGCGGUUCUUUAACCCAGUUAUCGAAAAAUACUGCUGUCCACUGCCAGAUUGCGAUGAAAUGUACGAGGAACCGUGGGUUUUAGAAGAGCAUUUCAGCAGUGUCCACACGCUUCGCCAGGUUCGUUGCACGAUGUGCCUAAAGCUUUUCAACAGCGUUACAGCCCUUGUUUCACACUGCGAAGCAGCCAAUUCAUCCUGUGGCAUCUCUCACUCCAACAACUAUGGUCAGGUUAUCGACCAGAUCUCUGGUGGUUUUCUUGGUGCGAAGAAUGCAGCUCGUCCGGAUCUUACUGCAGAGGAUCGUCGUGAUAAGAUUGACCAGAAGACCGGCGAAGUGAUUCGUGAUUCUGGCCUCAAGAUUGGCUACGUUAAAUACGAGGCUACCACGCCUGCAGACUGGAUGACAGAAGAACAACAAACAGUCCAGGUGGGCAGAGGCUGGAAUGAUGGUUCCCUCAGAUCUGGUAUCAACAACGCUGUUCCGCUGUCCCGGUCCCACAAGCAAGUCCACACUACGGAAAGCAUUUACCCUCAGCCAUUCCGUGCUCCGGCCCCAGCGAGACAGCACGCCGGCAAUGUCGCAAUUAGCCAGGCCGAAGGCAGCAACCAGAAAGCCAGAAACCAGAAAGAGCGCAAGGCUCAGGGCGCCAACCAAUGGGCCGACCUGGUGGAUCCUGCGACUUUCAUGAAAAAGAGCAAAGACAUGAUUGUGGAGCAGCCGAUGCAUGUCAUGCAGAGGAGUGAGGCCAGGUACAUCUCUCAGGACCAGGCUGAGAAUGAGGAGUGGCCGGCGCUGUCGAGCGGCGAGGAAUGAGUUUGGCGACUUUUUGACUCAGCUUAAGAGCAGGCUGCAUCAUCUGCCGGAGGUGUCUGCUGGAUGCGAGCUUUUUUCUGCGAGAAGGGCGGGCUUCUUGAUGGGCGCGCAGUGGCUUGUGGCUCUUUCUCUCUUCAUUUCAUUUUUCUUUCUUUCUUUCUUUCUUU